GUAUACAUACUUAGUCAACUGUCGUCCGUUCGUCCUACCUUCGUCUGCCUCCUUGCUUCUAUAUUUUCAUUCUUCCCCUCUGUUCCUUAUCUAACUAUCUUUCUUUGUCUUACCUUAUAUUCGAAGACUCUGACCUUCGCCAGCGAAAAUCACCUGUAACGAAUUGACUGCCGCACCUGCGCCCCUCUUUAAGCGGGGAACCCAGCCCGUCAACACCAUGACCACCCGCUACCGCGUUGAAUAUGCCCUCAAGUCCCACCGGCGGGACCAAUUGAUCGAGUGGAUCAAAGGCCUUCUGGCAGUACCAUUCGUCCUGCACUCGCAGCCCACCGCCGUCUACCAGGAGCACAGCGAGAACCUGAUCGCGGUCGCCGCCGACACCCACCAACGGUAUGCGGAGAUCUUCCGGGACGUGGAGAAGCUGAUCAGCGACCACAUCACGCACCAGGCCCAACAGGCGCCCGGCAAGUCCAAGCUCAAGCUGCUGGUGCCGACGGUGGGCUCGUUCUUCACGCCGCUGCCCCUCGAGGACGCCUUCAACUACCAGGACCGGCAGCGGUUCAUCAGCCGGCGGCGGUUCGUGGCGCCCUCGUUCAACGACGUGCGGCUGAUCCUCAACUCGGCGCAGCUGUUCGGCCUGGCCCGCACCACCGGCGUCGACCUGGUCACCUUCGACGGCGACGUCACCCUCUACGACGACGGCGCCUGCCUGACCGAUGACAACCCCGUCAUUGCCCGCAUCACCCGCCUCCUCCUGACCGGCCGCAAGGUCGGCAUCGUCACCGCCGCCGGCUACACUGAGGCCGCCAAGUACUACGAGCGGCUGCGCGGCCUGCUGGACGCCAUGCACGCCUCCCCCAGCCUGACCGACGCCCACCGCGCCGGCCUCGUCGUCAUGGGCGGCGAGAGCAACUUCCUCUUCCGCUACGACCACCACUCCCCCCACCGCCUCGUCUACGUGCCCCGCUCCGAGUGGGUGCUCGAGGACAUGCGCGCCUGGCAGGAAGCCGACAUCACCGAGCUGCUCGACAUCGCCGAGUCCUCGCUCCGCGCCUGCGCCGCCAACCUCAGCCUGCCCGUCGCCGUCCUCCGCAAGGACCGCGCCGUCGGCGUCUACCCGCUCGACCGCAGCAAGAUCACCCGCGAGCAGCUCGAGGAGACCGUCCUCGUCGUGCAGAAUACCGUCGAGCGCUCGCCCGUCGGCUCCCGCCUGCCGUUCUGUGCUUUCAACGGCGGCAACGACGUGUUCGUGGACAUCGGCGACAAGUCCUGGGGUGUGCGGGCGUGCCAGAAGUACUUCGGCGGCAUCGAGCCCGCGCGCACGCUGCACGUGGGCGACCAGUUCCUGUCGGCGGGCGCCAAUGAUUUCAAGGCGAGGCUGGCGUCGACCACGGCGUGGAUUGCGAGUCCGGCGGAGACGGUGCAGCUCCUGGAUGAGCUGGAAGGGCUGUCGUAGGACCUGGCGAUUGUGUUUGUUGCUGCUUGUCGGGCAAUAGGACUGAUGGCUCGUAUUGCCCGCAGCAGAAGUCUAACUAAUUCUUUGUUGUGAUUUAUCAGCGUUAGUUUGUCUGGGAGCGAUGCUUUAUAAUCAAACGCCGGUUGCCGAGCGGGAUUUCCAAGCCGGGCCUGCUUGUAUC